UUGCGGGAUAAAUCUGCUGAAACAUUUUUAUUCUAAUAGUUUUGUGUUAAUCUGUUUAGAGGUUUUUGUUGUUUUUGAAACGUCUGCUACGUGUUCAAAACUUUUCUGGGAUUUAAACAGAUCAGCUUUAUCAGCGUGACGUUGCUGCUGUCCAACGGCACGCUACUUUGAGUUUUUAGGGAUUCUUCGCUGACAGUUUGCAGGAGAAGAGGUGCUUCUGGGAAAUGGAGUGUCAGUGUGAUAAAAACACAGAGGAUGCCGUCGCCAGUUGGUGGAUGAGCGGCAGCAACGCCCAGAUGGGAGCUUUUGCUGUGGUGGGGUAUCUUCUCUACAGGUUUUCUCAGAGUCAGUCACAUGACCUCUCAGACUCACAAACACACUCACAUGGCGUUUAAUUGAUUUGCUCAGAUAAGGAGCUUAAACAGCAGCAGCAGAUUUAUUUUUAUUUCCUCAAACUGAGUUUGAUGAAGACAGAAAAUUAUUUUAUGAACUAAAACUUUAAGCAAUUAUUAUUUUUUUAUACAUCCACACAUCUUAGCUUGUGCUAAACGAUUUAGAUAAUUCAGUGUGACUAAAUAUGAGUUUUGCAUGCAGGAAGAUGAAAAUAGUCUCCUACAUCUAUCUCCUGCAUUAGCUUCUGAUAGAAAAUAGACGGUGAAACUCUAGGAUUAGAAAAGCCUGACAGAUUUACGUCUCACUGUCACUUAACGUUCUUGGACUCACCCGACUUGACUCCCGACGGGGAAGGCUGUUGUUGGUUUAGCGUCCAGGAAACAGCAGAGAAUGUCUCUGCGAGUAGAAGCUAACCGUUAGCAUUAGCGACUCCACCACACAGCAGAACUCCUCGGCUUGUUUCAUUCAUGGAGAUGAAACAUUAACUUUGCGAGCAAACAGAGUCAGUGGUAAUGUCGUGUUGCUGUUACUCGGUCCUAGGCAAAAUGUCCAAAUAUCUGGAAAUAAGACUCCAAAUCCUGCCUGAACCUAGCCUAGUGAACUAGACCAAAUUCUUGCUUUGCAAAGAAUGGUCUAGGCAUGCUCCAUUGGAACCUCUGCAGCUCCUACCAGGACUCUGGAUGGCCAAUCACAGCUCUCUAGAGGGGUUUCAAACACAUAAAGAGCUGUGAUUGGUCCAUAAUGGUGGGCCAAUCAUAAUGCUCUAUCUGCUUAGUGAACAAAUCACAGAGCUUUAUCCGCUUUGUGGGCCAAUCAGGGCACUCUAUAUGCCUGGUGGGUGGGAUGAUGCAACAGAGUGAAACAAGAGGAUGUCACAUUCAUUGUCCAGUAGCAUGCGGAGAUCAUUUGAAAGACAACGGUAGAACCCGCCCCACAACCGAGAGCUGUCAAUGGAGCGUUGCCAGACUAAAUAAUACAUUUAUUUAGUCUGGCUUGCCAGGCUAGCCUGAACCUACUUUCUCCUCCAUCUGAACUCUCUGUGCUGAUACAGGCACUUGUGGACUCCCAAAGUCACGGCAACUCGGUGUCGCCAACAGUCAGGGGAAACCCCAUGGACAACUGGAUAAAACCUCCAGAACCUGACUUGAGCCUACUUGGCUCUCCUCUCUCUCAGUUCUGCUGGCUCACAACACACACAUGCACACAGCAGCUCUAUCAUCUAAAUGUUUCCCAACAAGAACAGAACAUGUAAAACAACUCUUAAAAUUGAGCUUGUAAACAGAACUGAGCAAUCUGUUCCACUAGGCAGCCCGGCUCUGGCCUCUCCUCUUCUUUAGCUGCUCCGACCUUAGAACGUGCGAUUCGUGCACAUCGAGUUCAUGCAGAGGACGGAGAGAUGUCCAGAGGAGCAGUUUGAUGCAUAACUUGGGAUCCAGUCAUUAAUAAUAAUAGUGAUAAUCAUCAUCAUCAUCUAACUUAUAUAGCGCUUGUUUAGGACACUCAAAGACGCUUCCAUGCACUCUCAUAUUCACACACUUUUAGUGAUGGUAAGCUACUUUGUAGCCACAGCCUUCCUGGGGCGGUCUGACAGAGGCGAGGCUGCUAUUUGGCGCCGUCGGCCCCUCUGACCACCACUAACACAGGCAAGUUGGGUGAAGUGUCUUGCCCAAGGACACAACAGCAGGAUACCUCUGGCGGGAGCUGGAAUCGAACCCAUGACCCUCUGAUCAUGAGGCAACCCGCUCUACCUCCUGAGCUACUACUGCCCCUAAAAUUAAAACUGGGACGUUCAAUAUGAUUGGAAGAGGUUGUUCCAGAAUUGAACGUUUCUAUUCAAUUCAAGUUUAUUUAAAUAGCGCCAAAUCACAACAAGAGUCGUCUCAAGGCACUUCACACAGUAAACAUUCCAAUAAAUUUUCAGAGAAGAUUCAAUCAUAUUUUUGGCAAAUUUGAUUAUUUAAUAUAUUAUGCUAUCUGUGUGUGAAGAGCAUUCCAGGCAAUAUGGCAAAAACGGCUCCAGAAAAGCAUCGCAGACCCCUCCUUUUCCUUUCCCACUUCCUGAGGUUAAAGUCCAAUAAAAACCCAGCCCUGCGUUGCCAAAAUGUCUCCUUGUUCCUCCCCAUCAGAUCUACAAAUAUUUAACUGGCUGUCACAAUUGGUAUUUACAGCAUAACAUGAGGCUGAGAUCAGGGCUCAAACCACUCCCUUGUACGCGGAAGUGAAACUUGUUUUUACUGAGGAGAAAUGGCGCAGAGAGGAGCUCAGCUGGAUCAUCUCAAGUAUUCUUGUUCUAUCUGCCUGGACAUCCUGAGGGAUCCUGUGACUAUUCCCUGUGGACACAGCUACUGUAUGGACUGUAUUAAAGUCUACUGGGAUGGAGAGGAUCACAAGCACAUCCACAGCUGUCCUCAGUGCAGACAGAUCUUCAUACCGAGGCCUGUCCUGGUAAAGAACAUCACCUUGGCAGAGUUAGCAGAGGAGCUGAAGGAGACUGGACACUAUGCUGCGCCUGAUGAUGUUCAAACUGCUGGACCUGAAGAUGUGACCUGUGACAUCUGCACUGGAGCGAAACUUAGAGCUGUCAAGUCCUGUUUGGUCUGUUUGGUCUCUUAUUGUGAGGUGCACCUCCAGAAUCAUUAUGAUGUUCCACCAUUGCAGAAACACAAGCUGGUGAAGCCCUCCAAGAACCUCCAGGAGAACAUCUGCCCUCUUCACAAUGAGGCGAUGAAGAUUUUCUGCCGUACUGACCAACAAUCUAUCUGCUAUGUCUGUUUAAUGCAGGACCAUAAAGGUCAUGAAACCGUCUCAGCUGCAGCAGAAAGAGCUGAGAAGCAGAAGGAGCUGGAGGUGAGUCGACAGCUAAUCCAGCAAGUAAUCCAGGACCAAGAGAAAGACGUGAAGCUGCUCCAACAGCAAGUGGAGACCAUUAGUGUCUCUGCUGAUCAAGCAGUGGAGGACAGUGAGGAGAUCGUCUCUCAGCUUAUUCAUCUGAUCCAGAAAAGAAGCUCUGAUGUGAAGCAGCAGAUCAGAUCCCAACAGGAAAUGGAGAUGAGUCGAGUCAGAGUGCUUCAGGAGAAGCUUCAGCAGGAGAUCACAGAGCUGAGGAGGAAAGAUGCUGAGCUGGAGCAGCUCUCACACACAGAAGACCUCAACGUGUUUCUACAGAACCUCGCCUCAGUGUCAGCCCUUGGGGGGUCCACGUGCUCAUACAGCACCAUCAUCCAUCCUCCGAGGGACUUCAGGGAUGUGACAGCAGCUGUGUCCACGCUUAGAGACAAGAUACAGGACAUCCUGAGAGGCAACCAGUCAAACACGUCACUGACAGCUUCUCAGCUGGGUGGUUUAAUGUCAGAACCAGAACCAAAAACCCGGGCCCACUUCUUAGAAUAUUCACAAGGCAUCACACUGGACCCAGACUCAGCGUACAGGUUUCUGAUGUUGACUGAAGGAAGCAGAAAAGCAGCACCAGUCCAGCUACAGCAGUUUCAUUCUCAUCAUCCAGACCGAUUCACUUACUGGUGGCAGGUUCUGAGCAGAGAGGGUCUGAUUGGGCGUUGUUACUGGGAGGUGGAGUUAGAGGGUGAUGGAGUCUAUGUAGCAGCAGCGUACAGGAGCAUCAGCAGAGCGGGCAAGUCAAACGACAGUAUGUUUGGAUAUAACGACAAAUCCUGGUCCUUACGCUGUGCCUCAAACAGCUACACGUUUUGGCACAAUGAGGUCCUCACUCCAGUGUCUGGUCCUCGGUCGUCCAGGAUAGGGGUGUAUCUGGAUCACAGAGCUGGUGUUCUGUCCUUCUACAGCGUUGGCAAAGACACAACUCUCCUCCACAGAGUCCAGACCCGGUUCCACCAGCCGCUGCAUGCUGGAAUUUCAUUUUUUGAUUAUGGAGAAUCUGCUGAGUUCGUUAAACUGAAAUAGAUCAUUUAAGGAUCGACGGAUUAGACAGAGCAGAAUGAGAAGAAACCAUUUUUAAAAUGGCACCUCUCAAGAUAAAAAUCACCAGGCGAUUCACAAGAACAAGAAAUAAAAACAUUGAAACAAUAAAAAAUUGUAUUGUAAUGAAAAAUUGGAAAAAAGGAAAAAUUGAAAAUGUGAGAAGGAACAAAUGAAUAGGAAAAAGAAAAUCACAGAAUCGUGAGAAAGGCAGAAUUAGUAGAAACAGCACCAUGAAGAGAAGGUAUGAAGAAUCAGCAGAAGGUCACACCAAAGCCUGAACAAGUGAGUCUUCAGCUGCUUUACAGGAGUCCACUGAGUCCACUGAUCUCAGGCUCAGGGGGAGAGAGGUCCAGAGUCUGGGGGCCACAGCAGCAAAUGAUCUGUCACCUUUGGUCUUUAGCCUGGUGCUGCACAACCAGUAGGCUUUGAUCACUGGACCUCAGGGACCUGCUGGGGUGUAGGGACUAAGAAGAUCACCAAUGUAAGAUGGUGCUUGUCCAUGUAAGGCCCUAUAGACCAGAACCAGGAUCCUGAAAUGAACCCUGAAGUUGACUGGCAGCCAGUGAAGCUGGAGGAGAAGCGGGGUGAUGUGGGUGUGUUUGGAGGACUUGGUCAGAAGCCGAGCACAGGCAUUCUGAACCACCUGUAGACGGUUCAGAGAGGUUCUGCUCAGACACGUGAAAAGAGAGUUACAGUAGUCUAAGCGUGAGGAGAUGAAGGUGUGGAGAACUGUCUCAAGUUCAGAGCGGGACAGAAUGGGACUCAGCUUAGCAAUGUUCCUGAGAUGGAAGAAGGAAGAGCGACCAAGAGAACUGACAUGAGAAUCCAGGGUGAGGGCUGGGUCAAAGGUCACAACAGAUGUGUAGAAUAUGUCUGUCCGGGACUUUUAAAAUCAGAUUUUAUCAGUCACGCUAUUGUUAGAUAUUUAAUAAUGUUCUAAUUAACAUACAGGCGACCUGUAAUUGUCAUGAUUAUCAUUAAAUAGGAUUAUUGUAAACGUGAUUCUCUUUACUGAACAAACUAAUGAUGAAAUUAUGAUCAUCCAUCCAUUGUCUGAGCCCGCUUUGUCCACGUAGGG